GUAUGAGACCGAGCCAGCAGAAAACAAUCAAUAUGGCGGAUUAGUCCUUGCAAUGGUCCAUUGCUUGUAGUCAAUGUUAGUAGUACAUUGGAUUUGAAAAUUUUCUUUCUAUGAGAAUUUUUUCUGUUCUUUGAAUCGUGCCAUUUGAAGAAAAUCGAAAACCAUGCCUUUGGACCUGUUUCAAGGGCUAGUGCGAGGUGCCAGUCGCAAAGUAAUGACUGGUAAAAGAGGAAACAAGAAUUUCUACAAAGGACGCGGUGUUAAGCCAACAGGAUUUCACACUAAGAAGGGUCACUACGUCAUCGUUCCAAAGAAAGUUCCCGAGUUUGUAGUUCCUGAUCUCACAGAUUUUGAGCUUAAACCAUAUGUGUCCUAUCAAUCGCCUAAGGUUGUCUGUCAACCCCUGACUGAAAACACGUUAAUGGAGCAAAUUACGCAGAAUCUUCAGACUAUUCGAUUCAAGGAAACGCCAUGAUUUCCAAAUGCAUCAUGUUCUUUCAAGAACUGUCACCAAUAUUUAUGUAUAUAUAUUUUACUGCUUUGAUCUUAACAUAAAGAUGUCCGAAAGAUAUGCAAUUGGAAGUUUUUGGCAUGAAAGAAAAACAUUUGGUGACAUUUGCGAUGGAUUCUAACGUUUUGUUUUUGGCAAUCAUCGAAGUCGGUCAUAGACUGAUGUCGCCAGUUAAGCAUGGCCUGGCAGGACUAGUCGUCAAAGUCGCUUCUGUCCCCUGGAACGCAAACCUACGUAUGUAUGGGACACAGCUCUACGCAGACUACUGAAAGUACUCAAUCGAGACUAUUCAAAUGACUAGGGUCUAUACUACGCGUCGGCCCAAAAUGAAAUGAUGAAUGAUCGCCCUGUAAGCGUUAAUUGUUGGAAACUUCGCUUUACAAAUCUGCGUGUGUUUAUAUGCGUAAGCUCUCAGUAUUUUUUUCAUGUCCAAAAGCAUUUUAAGUCAUUCGUCAUUUCUUCUUUAUUGUAGUUUAUUUCUCGUAAUUUUAAAAUGUCAAACAAAAAGUUUUUUUUCAUUAUCAUCUUCAACAAUGAUCUACUGCAAAUA